GCUUGUUUUAUCAUAUCGAAACCAAAGUGCUACAAAAAAUUUAAUAUGAGUUACAAGAGUAUCUUGACUAAUCCUGCAUUGAAAGAUUAUGAAGCAAUGCAAAAUAAUGAUGAAUUUAACAAUUUCAUGAAACGAGUAGGUGAAGUUUCGAAUCUCGUAAGAGACAUGGCUAGUGGAGAUAAAGAAAAAGCCGAUGCUGCUCAAACAGUGGCCGAACAAUACCUUGAGGGCAAAAUCAUCGCCGACGAUAACAUAGAAAUGAAGAUUAAGGACGAUAGAACUGUAAUUAACCAGAAAGCAUUUCAAUCAUUGGAGAAGAUGGACACGAAUGAAAUCGACAAAGAUGCCUGGAUGGCGGAAGUGAGCAAAGACGCGGAGAAACGAGCCCUCGACCGCAAGAUCCGUCGCGAGAAAGCAGACACCCUAAACACACAGGCUAUCAAAGCAUUCCGCCGCCAGGAAUACGACAAAGCGCUAUCCUGUUACAACCGCGCUAUUGAACAGGUCAAGGACAACCCGAUGUUGUACUGCGAUCGUUCUCUGACCAAUAUCAAACUUGGCAACUAUGAUAAGGUUAUCAACGAUUGUGACUUGGCUAUUCGUCUCAACGAAAAUAGUUUCAAAGCACGCCUCUACAAAACGAAGGCUUACAAAGAAUUAGAAGAAACAGACAAAUAUACGGAAUGCAGAAAGGAGUUAGACGAAAUGUUUGCUCAUCACGAGGAUCUUAUUAAAUACUUCUUGGAUAAAAAACAAAAUAUUUUGGAAGAUGAAGAAGACUAAUUUUAAAGCUACGGAUUAAUGUUAAUAAAAUUGUUCUAUUGCAUUGAUUCGGCACGUUUUUCAUACGAAUUUAUCAUGAAAUUCAUUUACGACGCGGCAUACAUAUCCUUAUAUGUGCCCCAAUUUCGAAAUAACCGUUCGAUUGUGUUGGUUAAUUUCAAAUUAUUAUCAGUUAGUGAAAUAAAAAGGAUUAUUUUAUAGAAUCUUUUAUUACGUUAACCUGCAUCGAAAAUGAUAAUAUCGAUAGAUCAGAUAUGUUCAUAUCUAAAUCCGGUUGGGAAAUUAUGAAUUGAUAGCAGUAUAUCUUUAACGAUAAAAUUAAUUAGAUGUUGCUACGUUUUAAUUUAACCAUCAAUUACAGAAACAUAAUAUGCAGUUUUAAAAUGACUAUAUAUACAACAAUAAGAUAAU